UCGUGGACUCUAGUACGUGCCACAUAGCGGCUGGGAAACAAAGCCACAUACUUUUUACAUUGCAAAGCGCCGAAGGCAGUGAAAUCUGUCUUCUCUCUCUAUGGCAACCUCGCUGCUCUGCCCGCUCUCGGCUCUACCAUCGUCCACCAUCGAGGAUCCUCGAGCAUCUGGGCAAGUGGGUCCCUCUCUUGGGCUCCAGAAGUCCACCUUCCUUCCCGGCACCAAGCUCUUCUCUGCUUCUCUUGUUCACCCAACAAGGAAGAGCAUAGCUCGAAGAUGCUUCUGCUCCCCACUUGCCAAAUCCUUGGACCACAUUCCCAAGCACUUAAGGGAAGAGAAUCUUAAAGAUGGAUUGAUGGAAAAUUACAAGAAUGCACCCCAAUAUCUUUACGGCCUUACUGCUUCACAAAUGGACAUGUUCAUGACAGAAGAUAAUCCCAUCCGACGGCAGUCAGAAAGAGUUACAGAGGAAAGCAUCUCAUCUGCCACGAACUAUUUGGACCAUGGAGGGAUGUGGAGUCUAUCAGGCAGUGGUGAAAAGGGUCCUUCAAAGUACAGUAUGAGUGUAAGCAUGUAUCGUGGAGGAGCCAGAGGAUAUGGAAGACCCAGAACUGCUCCUCCUGAUUUGCCUUCUUUACUCUUAGAUGCUCGGAUAUGCUAUCUUGGCAUGCCAAUCGUGCCAGCAGUAACUGAGCUCCUUGUUGCUCAAUUUAUGUGGUUGGACUAUGAUAACCCUUCAAAGCCUAUAUAUUUAUACAUAAAUUCAUCUGGAACACAGAAUGAGAAGAUGGAGACUGUUGGAUCAGAAACUGAGGCAUAUGCCAUAGCUGACAUGAUGGCUUAUGUCAAAUCAGAUGUCUAUACUGUGAAUUGUGGCAUGGCAUAUGGUCAAGCAGCAUUGCUCCUGUCACUUGGGGCAAAGGGUUAUCGUGCUGUACAGCCAAACUGCUCCACAAAGUUAUAUCUUCCGAAAGUCAACAGAUCAAGUGGGGCGGCCAUAGAUAUGUGGAUCAAGGCCAAAGAGCUGGAUGCAAAUACUGAGUACUACAUUGAGCUAUUAGCAAAAGGAAUUGGAAAACCUAAGGAAGAUAUCUCUAAAGACAUCCAGCGACCUAAAUAUUUCAGAGCACAGGAAGCCAUAGAUUAUGGCAUUGCAGACAAGAUAAUCAACUCAAGGGAUGCUGCAUUUGAGAAGAGGAACUAUGAUGAGAUGCUCGCCCAAUCAAGAGCAAUGAGAAGAGGAGGAGCCAGUCCACAAGCUGCACCCUCUGGAUUUAGGUAAUUAAAGAGCAGCAGCAUAGCUUAAAGGCUGGCAUAAAAGCGCCUUGGGAGGAUUUGGUCACGCAAGGAGCUUCUGUUGAACUUCUAGUUAUAGUGCAAGAAUGAUAAUGUACCGUUUUGUGACCCCAGCACACUUCAGUACUGUUUUUUUAAAUGCUUAUACGUAGUAUCUUGGAGAUUUCACAAUAUUUAAUUGCUUGCGUAACCUAAAGACAACAAUUUUGGGCUCUUUAUUUUGUAUAAAUGUAACCUAUUUUUGUUUA